AUGUCCUCCCUCGAUAGCAACUCCCCGCGCAUCGUACCAGCUCAUGUUUCCUACCUUGCCUUAUACAAUCCCUCGCUCGGCACUACCGACGACACCGUCCGCGAUCAAAUCGUCUUUUACUAUUCCGCCAAGUCGGAGGUCGAGCGCGAGCGACGCAGGAAGGAGAGAGUCUCGACGAGCAAGCAACAAGAUACGCAGGGAAAGAGCCAAUUGCAACCAAAUACCACUCCUAACGAUGAGGAGGCGGUGGAGGAGUAUGAGCGGUUACGGCAAGUUGGGCUUGCGCAGGGUAUGGUAGAUUUUGUGAAAACCUUCUCAAAUGGAGUGCCUCUCGAGUCGAUCGAAACGGAAAAGUCUCGAGUUGUACUGAAAGAAGUCGAACCCCAAUGGUGGCUACUCGCCGGCAUCAAUCUCACCCAGUUGCCUGAUACCAGUGCUAGCAGCCCUCCAGCUACCAGAAAAGCUGCAACUAUUGGCAAAGACACCCGAGCGACCGGAACCACAUCGGCAGCGGACAUUGAGUACUCCUCGCGAGAGGUGGCGCCAGCUCAGUUACUCCUUGCCCAGCUGACGCAAGGGUAUCGUGGUUUCUUGCUUCACCAUGAUUCCUGUUUAGCGGAAAUGUGGAAGAGCCAUGAUGGCAAUAGAGAUCUCUUCUGCAGCAUAUUGAACCGGUAUUGGACCUGGUUCGUUCGGAACUGGGAUGUCCUUCUACACGGAAAUCCUGCAGUGGACUUGUACGAUGCAGUCAAGCUUGCCGGAGGCGGCGAGCUUGGUAUUGGCGUUGGUGAGGAAGAUUGGGGGAGUGGUGAGCGAGAGGUUCUGGAAGGAUUUGCAGGUAGGACUGAAGGUCUGCUCGAUCUCAUCGUGGGAAGAUACGGCGAUGGGCCUCUUCCUCCAAUUGAUGAGAAACACCGAAAGGACGGAGAGGCACCUCAAAUCUCUACACAUUUAGAACCGGAGCCCUGGCUGGGCAACGGUGAUAAUGCAAGGGCACAGGACGGGAUAAUUUUCUCCGGCAUCGGUGCAGUUUCGAAACGCGCGCUCAUCACAAUCUCCCAGUGGAUGGAGGCCAUCUAUACCCAUGGGGAGGCAGCUUAUGGGAUAGGCGAAAAUCCAGUGUCCCGACCAAGACCUCGCAGAAACAGACGGAACGUUGCUGGUAAGCAGAGAUCUGACAGCACUGCGCCAUUAUCAUCGGAUCGUGCUCUGGGGCAGCGGCACGAAGAGGUGCAUCCAAGAGUCAGGUCGCCUAAAGCACGAGCGCCCGACCUACGACGCAAGGCCAUGGAGAACAAUGCCACACCACCAGGCAUUCCAGCUCCAAUUGUGAGUGCGGUCGAGCAAUCCCUGGAGGCUGCAACGACCAAAGUAAGCUCCGAUGGCGCAGGUAAGAAUGACAACAGCGAGGUUCUAGACCUGACAGAAGAGAAUCAGGAUGACCAGAGAGUAUCUUCGCUGUUCGCCAAAGAAAAGAUGAUGAAGUAUAUCAGCCUUGGAUACGGAUCCAGUUGGACCUUGAAUCCCAAGGGGUUCGCCACAGACAAGGCAUCAAUGCGCUCGAACGCAACAGAUUCUCAACAAUCGGAGGAUAAGCCCAAUUCUGAGGAUGCAUCAGCUCCACAACCCCUACAGGAGCUCGAUCCUACACCGGAAGCAAGCGACGAAGAAGAACCCCUUUUCGUUCAGCGGCUUGAACAAUCUAUCGGGAAGUUUCUAAUCGGCUUGUCGGGAGAUUUGGAAAAUACCGAGUUUGAGACUGAACCGGACGAGGGAACAGUAGAUCCCCACUCGGAACUCACUGAGCAUGGGUCACGGUCAUCCCCACCAGCGAGUACCUCUAGCCGUAUCUUCCUUCGCACGUUGGUAACGGAAAUGUCUCCAUCGCGCUUCUCCCACCUGUCAGCCACAUCGACCAUGGACGAUUCAACAUCGCAAGCUGACAAGUCCCACGUCGACAUGAACGCUGAUUCUACCCAGGUCAAAACCAGUGCCGCAGCAUCCGUGGACGGAUCUAAACCGAUUGUCACUCACGAGAAGGUCCGGGUUGCUGUGUACGUUCAUCAACCGUUUGUCUUCGUGUUCUUGUUCCAAUUGCACACACCAAACCUCAGCAUGCCAGCCUUUUAUCGUUCUAUCCAUCACACUCUUGGGCCCCUACAGAAGAGUCUUUUGAGGAGUACGGAUCCGGAGAGAUGGAGAGAACGGGUGAAGGAGGCACUCGAGGCUGGAUCUGUUCCUUUGCUUGAGGGUGAAGACAUUGCUAGAAGCACGGCCAGCAACAAAGACUCUUUGGAGAUUUUUGACCUUGUCUACGAUCCCGCGAAGAUGACAAUCCGGACCUCCAUCCCUAACAUACCUCUCCCUGGCAGUCUGGCAGCCGAAGGGCUUCAUCGGACGUCACAGCAAACGCAGCCUGUCACGGUUUCUGGCUCUUGGUACACGCUUGGAAUCCCCAUCGGGAUCCCAUCUACUGCCGUAGCAACGAAACCAUCGAGCUCUAGAACGCUCGUGAAGAGCACCUGGACCAGGGUAGAGGCAUUGAAUGUGCAUACCCACAUCCUCAAUAUUUGGGCUGGGACCCGGCACAAAGAAGCCGGUAUGAGGAUAGGCCGAUCCGGGGCUGAAGAGCUCGAGAGAACCGUCAAGACGGCACGAGGUUGGUGGGUGGUAUGGAUGAAAAUGUUUACCUCUUCAAACAGUGACCACGCAGGGGUCCAGAGCGAACCCGACCAGGUAUCUGCAAAAGAAGCGAUAUUGGUGAGAAGAUCAGCACAGGACCGCGCCGCAGGCGGCAGAGAUGCAUCUGGUGCACGCUUGGAUCCCCGGAGUUUCAGUUCCACGGGGAAAUGGCUUCUCCGCGACCAGCCGCGUAGUCGAGAAGUCAGUGGCUCUGGCCAUGGUGCCGGGCCCAGCCCGGCAAAGGGGGUAAAUGAAGGAGUUGGCGUGGAUGCGAGGAAAUGGGUGGAGACCCUGGUGAAGUUGAGUAUGUGA